AUGAUCACCAAUCAAUUAUUUAAUCCAAAACUAGGAUCAAAAUAAAUUUCUGUUCCCAGGUAGGAAAGCCGAGCAUGCUGUUUUUACCCUCGUAGAUUAAUUAUCUGUUAUGAUUUUAUAAGAAGAAUUCCAAUACCUUUAAAGGCAGUGCAUUAUUUCUUAAAGGUUUAACCAGGUUUUCUUGUAGUAGAAUUAAAAUAAACUUAUUCAACUUAAAGUUAUCAAGAACCAAUAGAAUUAGAAUAUUUAUUUUCAAUCAAUAAAAAUGCAGCCGUGACUAAAAUGAUAGUUGAAUUAGGAGACACCAAAGUUUAUGGGAUAGUUAAGGAAAAAGAGGAGGCUAAAUAAGAAUAUGAAGAAGGAAUAAAGUAGGGCAAGACUAUGGCAUAUAGUGAGUAAGAUGAAUAAUUCCCUGAAAUAAAGAGAGUUAAAAUUGGAGCCCUUGCCCCAAAAAAAGAAUUACAAAUCACAUUUGAAUACAUCUAACCUUUGGAUGUAUUUUUGAAUAAAUUAUGGAAAGUAGAAGUUUAGCCAAUGGUUGAUGAAAAUUAUUUUACCCUUAAUAAAUAAUAGUAGACUUAAAAUCUAUAUUAUGAAAGACUGAAUAGAUACAUUUAUAAAUUUGUUCAGAUAGAUUAAUUUGUAUACAACUUCAAGCAAGAUAUUAGUAUAUCCAUAGAUAUAGGGUCUCCAAUAACUUAUUAUAAAUGUCCAACUCAUAAAGUUUUAAGUGGAAAUGCGAAAGAUGAAUACGUUAAGGAAAAAAUGAAUGAAGAAAAUUUCAAGAAAUUAUAUCUCAUGCUUGAGGAUACACCAUCUAAUUUUAUUCCAACAAAAUAAUUUACACUACUAUUUUCAAGUGAUGACGUAAAUCUUCCUCGAGCAUUCUUAAGUCAUACUAAUAAUGACGCUUUAUUCGCACAAAAAUAUUGUGCUACGUUGACUUUUAUUCCAAAGUUUAAUUAAACAACUUUGGAUGAUGCUUAUUCACAGUACUUGGAAGAAUUAAAUAUUGCAGAGAAUCAAGCAAUUAAUAGAGGAACCUAUUUAUUCUUCAUAGACAGAAGUGGAUCAAUGUCUGGUGGUAGAAUAAAGAAAGCAAAAUAAUCUUUAAUUUUAUUUUUGAGAAGUCUACCCGAUAAUUGUAGGUUCAACAUCAUUUCAUUCGGAACAAUGUUUAGAUCUUUAUGGUCGGAUUCUAAGUAAUAUUCCCAAGAUACAUUGGAUGAGGCUAUAAAACAUGUAAAUACCAUGGAGGCUAAUAUGCAGGGGACUGAAAUAUUUAAACCAUUUUAAGAUGUUAUCUAUAAUAAUUAAUAUGGUAAGUCAAAAACAACUACAUUGAAUGUAUUCUUACUUACAGAUGGAGAAGUUGAUGCUUUCCCAAUAAUAGAUUUGGUAAAAAGGAACAAUAAAGCAGAAACUAGAAUUUACACUUUAGGAAUUGGAGAAGGAUGCAGCCAAUAUUUAAUUAAAAAUUUAGCUGAGGUAGGAAAUGGGAAAUAUUAAUUUGUAGCAGAUGAUGAGGAUAUAAAUGCCAAAGUUAUUGAUUUGUUAGAAGAUUCAAUGACUCCUUAUUUACAAGGGUUUAACCUUGAAUCAAAUAUUUCUAGUAUUGCUCAAAUUAUUCCAAAUCCAGAAUCAAUAGUGUGUUUAAAGAAGAACUAAGAAUUAACAAUUUAAGUGUUAUUUUCAGUUGAUCAGGUUACUGAUAAUUUACAGCUCACUUUGAGUUGCUUUGAUCCAUAAGAAUAAAAACCAAUCAAAUAUUCUGUUUCAUUAAAUAUAAAUUAAUCUUAAGAAAAUGAAUAUUUUCAUAAAUUGGCUUCUCAUAAAUUUAUCACAUAUUAUGAAAACAGUCUUAACUAUGGAGAAAACCACGUUAAUUUUAUCAAAAUCAACAAGGAUACAAUAGAUGAUUAAGAUAUAAUUAACACUUCAAUAACACAUUAGAUAUUAAGUUCCAAAACUGCAUUUGUAUGUGAAGUCUGUGAUUUAGAAGAUUAAUUCAAAUAGUAGAUGAAAUAAAAAGUAUACAUCACUUAAAUUAAACAAAACAACCUGAUAGAUUAACAGUUGAUUGGUUUGCAAAGAUUUGUACCUUGUUCAGCAAAUUUAAAUCGUCCAACAAGUACUAAGGGAUGCGUACAAAGAUAGACAUAAUCUCAAAUUUCUCAAUAGCCAUAAAUUUAGCAUUGCCUAAAAUAGGAAGAAGAGAAACAAUCUACUAAACCUUAAUUCAGAAUGGAACUAAUGAAAUUCAAAGGAUAGAAGGAAAAAAUGUCUUUUGACUCAAAGAAAUAGACACAACAACUCAUGGAAGAAUAAAGAACAGUUCUAGAGAGGUAUUAGAAAGAAGAAGAAAGUUGUUAAAUUGAAUAAUAGAAUUAAUUUUAAUAAUUCUAGAGUUAGAUUAAUAAAAUGGAAUAUGACUAGUUGAUUUCAUAUGCUAAAGCUGACGGUGGAUUCUUAUUUGAUGAGUUAGUUGAAAAGCAAAUAAAUUUUGAAGGGUGGAAGAAUGAACAAAGCUACCCAUAGAAUAUCUGGCUUACUUUACUUGCUUUAAUAUAUUUGGAUUAAUUUUGUUCUUAAAAUAGAAAAUCAUGGCAAUUAGUGUAUUAAAAGGGAGUAUAAUUUCUUUAGAGAAAUGGAGUUUCUUAUAAGUAGCUAAAGGAAUAAUUAUUAUAGAAUAUUAAACAACAAAUUUGA